GCUAUAGCAACAUGAGUUCUGCUGCAGGUCCAUCAUUCUGGUUGGGGAACGAAACCCUGAGAGUUCCAGCCGCUCUGUUUGCUCUGAACAGGAAACGUCUAUGUGACAUACUUAGGCAGAAUAAAGAUUUGCCAAAGGGAUCGAUUGUACUUCUGCAAGGAGGAGAAGCGACACAGAGAUACUGCACAGAUACUGGCACCCUGUUCCGCCAGGAGUCCUUUUUUCACUGGACUUUUGGAGUGACUGAACCUGGCUGCUAUGGAGCUGUUGAUGUUGAUACAGGAAAAUCAAUUGCCUUCAUUCCAAAGCUUCCUGAAAGUUAUGCAGUAUGGAUGGGAAAAAUACACCCACCAGAACACUUCAAGGAGAAGUAUGCCAUAGAUGAGAUUUAUUUCACCUGCGAUAUAUCCAGUGUUCUGAAAGCAAAGACCCCAUCUGUUUUGCUUACUUUGCGUGGUGUUAAUACUGACAGUGGAAGUGUUUGCAAGGAAGCUUCCUUUGAAGGAAUUAGUGAAUUCAGUGUAAAUAACACCCUACUGCAUCCAGAAAUUGUUGAAUGCCGUGUGUUUAAGACAGACAUGGAGUUGGAGGUUCUUCGAUACACAAAUCGCAUCUCCAGUGAAGCCCACAAGGAGGUCAUGAAGGCAGCAAGAGUUGGAAUGAAAGAAUACGAACUGGAGAGUGUUUUUCUUCACUAUUGCUAUGCACGUGGAGGCAUGAGACAUACUUCUUAUACCUGUAUAUGUGGCAGUGGUGACAAUUCUUCAGUUUUGCAUUAUGGCCAUGCGGGAGCUCCUAAUGAUAAGACUGUGAUGGAUGGAGACAUGUGCUUGUUUGAUAUGGGAGGGGAAUAUUACUGUUACAGUUCUGACAUUACCUGCUCCUUUCCGGCCAAUGGCAAGUUCACUCCAGAUCAGAGGGCUGUUUAUGAGGCUGUGCUGAAGUCAUCACGUGCGGUCAUGAAAGCUGUAAAACCAGGUGUUGCUUGGCCGGAUAUGCAUCGCCUUGCUGACAGAGUCCAUCUGGAGGAGCUGACCAAAAUUGGCAUUCUGAAAGGCGAUGUUGACGACAUGAUAAAGACCCACAUGGGUGCAGUUUUCAUGCCACACGGUCUUGGACAUUUUCUAGGAAUUGAUGUUCAUGAUGUCGGAGGUUAUCCAGAGGGUAUUAACCGCAUUGACCUGCCUGGUCUAAAAAGCCUUCGCACAGCCCGUACCCUCCAAGAAAGAAUGGUCCUCACCAUAGAACCAGGAAUUUAUUUUAUUGACCAUGUACUAGACCAAGCACUGGCCAACCCUGCUCAGUCCUGCUUCAUUAACAAUACCGUCCUUCAACGCUUUCGAGGAUGUGGUGGGGUGCGCAUUGAAGACGAUAUUGCAGUGACAGCCAAUGGAAUGGAGCUGCUCACAUGUGUCCCACGCACAGUGGAGGAAAUCGAAUCUUUCAUGGCAGAAGCUAAGGGCAAUAACAAAACCUUCGAGAAGGUGGUGCUCAGCCAGCAGCUGUGAGAUCACACUGGGAAAUCCUUACAGCCAGUGUGCCUUCAACUGAUUCACUUUCAUAAUCUUCUGCAGUCUGUUUCUAUUAAGCAAAUUUGAGUAAAGCCCAGUGAUUCCAGUAUUGUUGUAAUACAUUUUGGGUUCAAAGCAAGUGAACCAUCAGCAGCCUUAGAAGAGAAGCACAGCCAUUCCCAAAAUGGAUGCAACAUGUUGGCUUAACAGUCCACAGUCUUGUUGGCAAUAAUAUAUGCUUAGCAAUUUUCUGAUGUACUGAAAUCUCAUAUCAAAUAAAUGCAUUUCAGUAA